GUCACUUCCGCUCCCGGGAGAGUCCGGAACUCCAUCUCCCAGCGCCCUCUCCAGCCCAGCUAAGGGAGGGGUUCAGCAGCUGAAACUGCGCAUGCUCCGUGCGAGCCCUGGGGAGAGGGUGAAUAAAGCUGCUGCUGCCGCCUCCGUGUGAGCCGGGCUGCAGAAUGACAUCCAUGUUUCGCUCCAGCUCAUCCCAUCCUCCCAUGACACAGGGAAGAGAAAUGGCUGCAGUGGAGCCAGCUCAGGGGCGUGUGACCUUCGAGGAGGUGGCUGUGUAUUUCACCAGGGAAGAGUGGGCUCUGCUGGCCCCCACUCAGAGAGCCCUCUACUGGGAUGUCAUGCAGGAGAACUAUGAGAAUGUGGCCUCACUGGGUAAGGGUUACUGUCCCCUCGGUUCUUGGAAGGGGAAAUGGAGAGUUAAGGUUUACACCAGCUCCACAGUGCCACCUCUAAUCUGCCCAGUUUCAGCAUCACCCCAAUAUGCCAGUGACACACACACUACCAGAGACCCUCUCCUGCUGCAGAACGCUUUAGGAACAGAGCACAGGAGCUGUAUCGCACAGUGUCAAAUAUCACCUGUUUGCUCGAGUAAAACUGAGGGUUAAGUGCAGCAUAAUCAACAGAAGCUUCCUAGGGGUCACCAGAUGAAAUUAAUAGGCAGCAGGUUUAAAACAAAUAAAAGGAAGUUCUUCACGCAGCGCACAGUCAACUUGUGGAACUCCUUACCUGAGGAGGUUGUGAAGGCUAGGACUAUUACAGCGUUUAAAAGAGAACUGGAUAAAUUAAUGAAGAUUAAGUCCAUAAAUGGCUAUUAGCCAGGAUGGGUAAGGAAUGGUGUCAUUAGCCUCUGUCAGUGGAUAGAGAUGGAUGAUAGGAGAGAGAUCACUUGAUCAUUGCCUGUUAGGUUCACUCCCUUUGUGGCACCUGGCAUUGGCCACUGUUGGUAGACAGGAUACUGGGCUAGAUGGACCUUUGGAUCUGACCUGGUUCAGCCAUUCUUAUGUUGUGUAUAUAUAUGUGCCAUUUGGUGCAAGGAGCUCCUGGCCCUCAGAGACCUUUUGGAGGCCAGGAUGUUAGCUUCUCCAGUUCCAAGAGAGGCAGAGAAGUAUAUUGAUGAGGCUUUCCGGGACACUAGAAUUGUCCCAGCUCCGGUCAGACAGCCCCCCGCACUGUUGAGGAGGAUGAAAGGCUCAGGGAAUUAGAGCAGUCAACAGGAGCAGAGGGAAAGCUUCUCAUAGUUGGGACCCUCCUUCCAGAUAGUGUAGAGGUAACCUCUUGCACUGAGGUUACCUCAGCAGGGGAGGGAACUCCAGUCAUUAAGAAAAGGGAGCUGUUAGUAAUGGGAGAUUCGAUCAUUAGAAACAAGGAUAUCAGGGUUUGUGAUGACCAGGAGAACCGUAUGGUGACUUGCCUGCCUGGUGCGUAGGUUGCGAAUUUCUCAAGGCAUCUAGAUAGAUUUAUGUGUAGUGCUGGGGAGGAGCCAGUGGUCAUGGUACAUGUAGAUACCAAUGACAUAGGGAAGGGUAGAUGAGACGUCCUGGAGGCCAAAUUUAAUCUGCUAGGAAAGAGACUGAAAUCCGGGACCUCUAUCAUGGCAUUCUCAGAAAUGCUCCCAUUUCCACGCGUAGACCCAGAUAGUCAGGCAGAGCUUCAGAGUCUCUGUGUGUGGAUGAGAUGAUGGUGUAGAGAGAUGAGGUUUAGAUUUAUUAGGAACUGGGGAAACUUUGAGAAUGGGGGAGCCUAUACAGGAAGGAUGGGCUCUACCUAAACCAAAGUGGAUCCAGACUGCUGGCACUUAACAUUAAAAAGGUUGCAGAGCAGUUUUUAAACUAAGCAAUGGGGGAAUGCCAAUGGCUGCAGAGGAGCCCGUGGAUCGGACAGAGACUUCUCUUAGAGGAGAGUGUAAUGAUAGAGAUUUUUCUAGUUUUAGUCAGGAAGAGAGGCUGGAAGAGGAUAAAGUAGGGGCCAGAUCAGACGAGAAGCAUUCACACAGAAAAGAAUCUAACAGAUCAGAAAAGGGCAGACAAAUAAACAAUGACAAGUUUUUAAAGUGCUUGUACACAAAUGCUAGAAGUGUAACUAAUAAGAUGGAUGAAUUAGAGUGCCUCGUGUUAAGAGGAUAUUGACAUAAUAGGCAUCACAGAAACCUGGUGGAGUGAUGACAAUCAAUGGGACACAAUCAUUCCAGGGUACAAAAUAUAUUGGAAGGACAGAGCACGUCAUAGUGGGGGGUGGGGAGGGUAGUGGCAGUGCAUGUUAAAGAAAGUGUAGACUCAAAUGAAGUAAAAAUCUUAAAUGAAACCGCAUGUUCCAUAGAAUCUGUAUGGAUUGUAAUUCCAUGCUCUAAUAAGAAUAUAACAAUAGGGAUCUAUUAUCGACCACCUGUCAAAGACAGUGAUAGAGAGGAUGAAAUGCGAAGGGAGAGUAGACAGGCUAUCAAAAUAAAGAGCUCCAUAAUAAUGGGAGAUUUCAAUUAUUCCCAUAUUGACUGGGUCCAGGUCAUCUCAGGACAAAAUGCAGAGACAAAAUUUCUCAAUACUUUAAAUGACUGUUUCUUGAAGCAGCUGGUACAAGAGCCCACAAGGGGAGAAGAAGCUCUCCAUUUAGUCCUGAGUGGAGCGCAGGAUCUUUUCCAAGAGGUAACUAUAACAGGACCGUUUGAAAAUAAUGAUCAUAAUAUAACAAAUUUUAACAGGCCUGUGGUGAGAAGAAUAGCUCAACACUAUGGCAUUUAAUUUCAGAAAGGAGAACUAUGAAAAAAUGAGUGGGUUAGUUAAACAGAAAUUAAAAGGUACAGUGACUAGAGUGAAAUCCCUGCAAGCUGCAUGGAGGCUUUUCAAAGACACAAUAUUAGAGGCCCAACUUAAAUGUAUACCCCAAAUUAAAAAACACAGCAAAAGCACUAAAAAGAGCCACUGUGGCUUGGCUUAACCAUGUAAAAGAAGCAGUGAAAGAUAAAAAGGUAUCUUUUAAAAAGUGGAAUUCAAAUCCUAGUGAGGUGUAUAUAGAAAGGAGCAUAAGUACAACCAAAUUAAGUGUAAAAAUGUAAUAAGAAAAGCCAAAAAGGAGUUUGAGGAACAACUAGCCAAAAGCUCAGAAGGUAAUAAAAAAAUGUUUAAGUACAUCAAAAGCAGGAAGCUUGCUAAAUAACCAGUGGGGCCCCUGGACGACUGAAAUACAAAAGGAGCCCUUAAAGACGAUAAAGUCAUUGCGAAGAAACUAAAUGCAUUCUUUGCUUCAGUCUUCAUGGCUGAAGAUGUUAGGGAGAUUCCCAAACCUUUUGUGGGUGACAAAUCUGAGGAAUUGCCACAGAUUGAAGUGUCACUAGAGGAGGUUUUGGAACGAAUUGAUAAACUUAACUGAAACAAGUCACCAGAACCAGAUGGUCUUUACCCAAGAGUUCUGAAGGAACUCAGAUGUGAAAUUGGGGAACUAUUAGCUAUGGUUUGUAACCUGUCUUUUAAGUCAGCUUCUGUGCCCAAUGACUGGAAGAUUGCUAAUGUAACGCCAAUAUUUAAAAAGGGCUCUAGAGGCGAUUCUGGCAAUUACAGACUGGUAAGUCUAACAUCUGUGCCAGGCAAAUUAGUUGAAACAAUAGUAAAAAAUAAAAUUGUCAGGCACAUAGAAGAAUAGAAAUUGUUGGGCAAAAGUCAACGUGGUUUCUGUAAAGGGAAAUCAUGUCUUACUAUUCUAUUAGAGUUCUUUGAAGGUGUCAACAAACAUGUAGACAAGGGGGAUCCAGUGGACAUAGUGUACUUAGAUUUCCAGAAAGCCUUUGACAAGGUCUCUCACGAAAAGCUCUUACAUAAAUUAAGUUAUCAUGGGAUAAGAGGGAAGAUCUUUUCAUGGAUUGAGAACUCGUUAAAAGACAGGGAACAAAGGGUAGGAAUAAAUGGUAAAUUUUCAGAAUGAAGAGGAGUAACUAGUGGUAUUCCCCAAGCAUCAGUCCUAGAACCAAUCCUAUUCAACUUAUUCUUAAAUGAUCUGGAGAAAGGGGUAAACAGUGAGGUGGCAAAGUUUGCAGAUGAUACUAAACUGUUCAAGAUAGUUAAGACCAAAGCAGACUGUGAAGAACUUCAAAAAGAUCUCACAAAACUAAGUGAUUGGGCAACAAAAUGGCAAAUGAAAUUUAAUGUGGAUAAAUGUAAAGUAAUGCACAUUGGAAAAUAUAACCCCGAUUAUAUAUAUAAUAUGACCGGGGCAAAUUUAGCUACAACUAAUCAGGAAAAAGAUCUUCUUGUUAUUGUGGAUAGUUCUCUGAAGACGUCCAGCAGUGUGCAGCAGAAGUCAAAAAAGCAAACAGGAUAUUAGGAAUUGUUUAAAAAGGGAUAGACAAUAAUACAGAGAAUAUCUUAUUGCCCUUAUAUAAAUCAAUGGAAAUGACUAAUUUAGACCCCAUCAUUUUAUAUGUAUAUUUGGGAUUAUGUUUUCCAAUGGGCUGCACUAUGUGCUACUCUGACAUCUAGUACUGCUGAGAUCCUGCAUUCAGUAAUAUCCUUUCCUGUUCCCUUUCUCCACUGAACCCCACCAGCCCAUGGUUACUGUUCCCAGCUUCCCCGGGACUCUCUCUUUGUCUCUGGACCUCUCUGUCAGCAAGAAGCAGUGCCAGGGAGACUAGCUCUCUGUCUGGAGACUUCGAUUUCUGGGAUGUGGAUUUAUUUUCUAUGUGUUUUAGGAGACUUUGAAAUUGAGUGUCUGUGACAUUAAGCACAGUACAAUCUGGAGUACUGAACAGCUGCGUCCCCUCCGAUCCCCAGGCUGGGGUGCCUUUUACACUGCUCUACUGUGAGAGCCGCCACUCCAGGGCAGUUAACACACAGUCUCCGGCAUGUAAGUCACUCCCAGCUUCACAGUAUUGGGUGCUGCUCGUCAGCAACUCCCGAAUGACAGUACCCACUGGAGAACCCCAGAAAAUUCUCUGCUCCCAGACAUCCUCCAGAAAUGUGUAUCUUGUCCUGUCCAGCACACUUCUGAACAAUGAGAGCUCAUAUGAAAUCUGUUGUUUCAUCAAUGGAAAAUGACAUUCACCAGCCUUGUUAUCCCAAAUGGAGUUUCCAACACACUUUAAUCCAACCACACUGGUUAGAUAAAACAAUAAACCAAGAUUGUUAACUACUGAAAAAAUAAAAAGAUUUUCAGUGACUAUAAGUGAUGAAGCAUAAAAGUCAGACUUGUUUACAAAAGAAAUGCAAGAGAAAACACAAACAAAUGUUUAACUUAACAAGCUAAAACAGAUUUCAAACAAAUGUUUCUCUCACCAUCUGCUGACAGGCUGGCUUUCCUUUCAGCCAGGAAUCCCUCUAACCUGCCCCUGCUGCCCACAUUCAGUUCUUCAGGAGUUGUCAUGAGCAGAGGGAAAGGGGAGAGAGAGUCUCAUGUAUUUUCCUCGCCUCUUUUUAUAAUUCAGUCCUUUGUACUAGAAACAAAUUCAGUUCUCAGCUGAGUCAUGGUGACAGGCAGUCGUAGAUAUGAGCUUCAAGUGGUCCCUGUGAUGGAAUGUAAAUGUCUUCUUCACACCUUCCCCUUCCUGGAGAAUGGCUAUUUGACCAGCUGUUUGCCUUGCUGUCUCUGAGGAACUUAGGGUUGCAACUUUUUCAGUAAUAUCAUACCAUAAAAUCUCAUCACUUUACAUACAAUGUUGCUACACAUUUUAAGGAGGAUAUUCAGUAGAUUGUCUUUUCAAAUGUUACCUCACAAGUCAUACUGUGAUAAAUGAAGAGGAGGGGAGGGAUCUUCCUUUUCUAAACACCCAGCCAGCCAGAUUGCUGUAAAAUCCUUGUUGGUGUGAUUUCUCUGUUUGCUUUACCUGUAAAGGGUUAACAAGCCCACAGGUAAAAGAAAAGUAGUGGGCAUCUGACCAAAUGAGCCAAUGGAAAAGCUGGAACUUUUUUAAAUGGGACAGUAACUUUCCGUUUGUCUGUUGUUCUCCGGAGAAGGUGACACGGAGUAGCAAUGCUGUGUAUGGCUUGAACCAGGUUUGAAAAUUCAUCGUCCAUACCUAGAAGAAAUGAUUUGGACAGAGAAUGUUUAGACAGACACAAUCAGAGUUUCCAGUUUCCAAAACUCAUAUAAUCUCCCAGCUGGCACAAGGGGCAGAGCCAUGGGUUCCAGACCUCCAGGGCUCAGAGGAAAGAGCGCUCCUAAGAGUUCCCUGCACAGCAGGUGACGCAAUGGUAUGUGAGAGAGAGGAGCAGAAUUCUCAGCAGGAAAAUGUUGAGCAAGUGGCUAAACACAGAGAAUUAUCGAAGAGGAAUGUGUCCAGGAGUCAUGAGCAGGGAAAAUCCUGUGAGAUUCAGCACAGACCAGAAAGAGAGCAAGGAAACCAGCCAGGGGAGAAAAUGGGUAAAUUUAUUUCCUGUCGGGGAACUCAGAAGAGCGUCAAGGAAACCACAACACAGCAGGAAAUCCUCAUGGGAAAGAGGAAAAAUACAUGCACUGAGUGUGGAAAAACCUUCACUUGCAGCUCAGACCUUUCUCAACAUCAGAGAAUCCACACAGGGAAGAAGCCCUAUGAAUGCCAUGAGUGUGGGAAAACCUUCACUUACAGAUCAAAUCUUGUUAAUCAUAAGAGAAUCCACACAGGGGAGAGGCCCUAUGAAUGUCGUGAGUGUGGGAAAAGCUUCACUCGCAGCUUGCACCUUCUUAUCCAUCUCAGAAUCCACACAGGAGAGAGGCCUUUUGAAUGCAGUGAGUGUGGGAAAAGCUUCACUCGCAGCUUUCAGCUUACUAGGCAUCAGAGAAUCCACACAGGGGAGCGGCCCUAUGAAUGCCGUGAGUGUGGGAAAAGCUUCACUUGCAGCUCAAACCUUUCUCAACAUCAGAGAAUCCACACAGGGAAGAAGCCCUAUGAAUGCCAUGAGUGUGAGAAAAGCUUCACUAGCAGCUCAGGCCUUUUUCAACAUCAGAGAAUCCACACAGGGGAGAGGCCCUUUGAAUGCAGUGAGUGUGGGAAAAGCUUCACUCAGAGCUUUUGCCUUACUAGGCAUCAGAGAAUCCACACAGGGAAGAAGCCCUAUGUAUGCAGUGUGUGUGGGAAAAGCUUCACUCACAGCUUUUGCCUUUCUCAACAUCAGAGAAUCCACACAGGGGAGAAGCCUUUUGAAUGUAGUGAGUGUGAGAAAAGCUUCACUUGCAAGUCAAGCCUUAUUACCCAUCUCAGAAUCCACACAGGGGAGAGGCCCUAUAAAUGCAGUGAGUGUGGGAAAAGCUUCAGUUGCAAUUCAAACCUUAUUAUGCAUCUCAGAAUCCACACAGGGGAGAGGCCCUAUAAAUGCAGUGAGUGUGGGAAAAGCUUCACUGACAGCUCAGCCCUUUCUAAACAUCAGAGAAUCCACACAGGAGAGAGGCCCUAUGAAUGCAGUGAGUGUGGGAAAAGCUUUAUUACCAGCUCAGAACUUUCUGUUCAUCAGAGAAUCCACACAGGGGAGAGGCCCUAUAAAUGCAGUGAGUGUGGGAAAAGCUUCAAUUGCAAUUCAAACCUUAUUAUCCAUCUCAGAAUCCACACAGGGGAGAGGCCCUAUAAAUGCAGUGAGUGUGGAAAAGGUUUCUCUAGCAGCUAUCACCUUACUAGGCAUCAGAGAAUUCACACAGGGGAGGGGCCCUAUGUAUGCAGUGAUUGUGGGAAAAACUUCAUUCACCGCCAGCAGCUUAUUAGCCAUCAGAGAAUCCACACAGGUAUCAGACCUAUGGAAGCAGUGAGUGUGGGAAAACUUGUCUUGCCACUGAGCCCAUGUGAGCCAUCAGAGAAUCUGCAAGGGGGAUCAACACCAUAAAACCCUCUAGGGCUAUCAAUACUUCAAUACUUUCCUGAUUCCCACAGAGUAACUUUUAAAAGCUGUUUGAAGCACCGAUAUCCCUCAGCUUGCCCAUAUGAGUGAGUGGCCCAUUUUUGCAUUUUGCAGUUUGACCUCUUUGAGGUGGACUCAUUUGUCCUUUCUAUCAACUCCAUUCUCCCAUGAGUAAUUCUAGUGUGCCCUUCCUAUCAGGAACCAGGGAGCAUCACAUUUAUACCAGUCCUCCUAUUGCAAAGUUAUUGUUAGUCACCAGUGAUACAGAUUGUAUCAUUGCCAAUUGUUCUCAUGCUGUGCUGAAGAGCAGUUAUAAUGGGAACUUUUCAUAUUACAUUUAAAUGAAGAGGAGCAGGGGCAGGAAAAAAGUGUCAUUUCAGCCUCUGUGGUACUGGAAGGAGAUGUAAAAAGCGACAGAGUCCUGUGGCACCUUAUAGACUAAAAUACGUAUUGGAGCAUAAGCAAUAUACAAAAACCUGUAGAAGAACACUUCAAUCUCCCUGGACACACAGUAGCAGACUUAAAAGUAGCCAUCCUGCAGCAAAAAUACUUCAGGGCCAGGCUUCAAAGAGAAACUGCUGAGCUUCAGUUAAUCUGCAAAUUUGACACCAUCAGCUCAGGAUUAAACAGACUGUGAAUGGCUUGCCAACUACAAAAGCAGUUUCUCCUCCCUUGGUGUUCACACCUCAACUGGUAGAAGAGGGCCUCAUCCUCCCUGAUUGAACUAACCUCCUUAUCUCUAGACUGAUUCUUGCCUGCAUAUUUAUACCCUCCUCUGGAAAUUUCCACUACAUGCAUCUGACAAAGUGGGGAUUCACCCACGAAAGCUUAUGCGCCAAAAUGGCUGUUAGUCUACAAGGUGCCACAGGACUCUUUGUCAUGUGUUACAGAUCCAUAUUAACACAGCUACCCCUCUGAUACUUGGAAGGAGAUGGGGUGACUCAGAGAUUCCCUCCUUUCCCAUCAUGGCAGAACUGUUACCUUUUGUCUGAGCCAGGCAGAGUUUAUCGUCAUCACAUUCUACCCCUCCACUUCUCAAAGUGUCAUGGGAUGAAGUGUUCUCAGUUGUCUGUGCUUGGAGAUGAUGCUUUGACUUAUUUAAUCCUAUACCAGAGUUGCUAUGAUUGGAGAUGAAAGUAUCAAAGAGCAAGAAGGGGAAUUCAAAUGGAUCCUAAAUGCGGUGUGAUCAUUUCGAGUUUAAAUCUCAGGUUCCAUCUAUUGGUCAAGCCAGUUCUGGCAAGGUGGCUGCUUUUCCCCCCAUUAUGGGAAUUCUAGGAUACUAAACAUGUUGUAAAUAACUUAACUGACUGUUGAGACAGUGCUCAGUGAAAUAUGUCUGAGUGGAUCAGAGAAGAAUGUGGUGGGAGAAUCUCUUGUCCUGAUUCUAAAUACUUAGAUGGAACCUGCUCUGGAAUUUCAAUUUACACUUUCAUUGUCAUGUAUUCUAUCUCUCUGUGAUCUGGGUUUCUCUCUUUCUUGAUGACUAUGUGGUCACACAAUUAGAUAUUAGUUCAGCUCAGAUUUAUUGGAGAAUUUAAGACAAAUGACCAUUUGCUGAAGUCAUCAUUUCUCACUUCAGCUUUGCUUUUUCCCCAUCCUUCCGUGAUAAUAUGGAGAAAGUUCAAGUGCAGUUCUGUCAAUAGGAGAGGACUCUCCAAUUUACUGGCCAUGCUAACAAAGACACAGCAGUGACUUAAAAUCUCCACUUGGAAAUGUUGAAAAACAGCAGACCGGACUAACUGAAGGAAGUGCAUAUGACCACAGUGUAGUUCAAUUGUUUAAAUCAAUAUUGUCUCAGAUGGCUGUGUUGACAGGUGAAGGCCUCCUGCUGAUGUCACGCUAUCUACACAGGGGAUUAGAGAUGUGUAACUACGUUGCUCACCUGUGUCGAUUUUUCACACCCCUGAGCAAUAAUUAUACCGAUAAAUGUCUUUAGUGUAACCCAGACAGUUUUCUCUUGUAUUUUCUGCAUUUGUAUCACUUCUCCCCUACUUCCUACUAUUCUGAAAGAUUUAAAGUGUGAAAAGAGGUAUUUUUCCUCAUGAUGCUAACAUUCCCCCUUCCACCGACACGUGUGGCAGAAGAACCACAGAGAUAUGAACUCACAGAAGUGUUGGGACAAAGCACAACUUGAGCCAAGGUUCAGUUGUUGGCAAUGGGGAUUAAAAGAAAACUAACAUAUGUGAUCAGAAUUUGUGAUCUUUGACUAUAUUAGUGUUACUAGUGAAAAUGAAAUUAUAGGUGGUGUUACUGAUGAAAGAGUAAGAGACUAAUUGUUUGAUAAUCUGAAUUAUUUUGGAAAACUGAAAGUUGUCUUUUUUUCUUCUUUUAGUUGUACAGGAAAUGAUGGUUAAUCUUCAAAAGUUAAUUUGAUUUAAUUUACUCCCUGUAGUGUAAGGAGUUCUGGUAGAAAACCUCACUCCAAAGGUUGGAGUGGGAGAGUAGGUGUUAGAAAGAGUAUAUAAGAGAAUAUUGGGCCUGUAUAGAUUUUAUUUUUUUGUAUUUCAAAUAGAGCAUAUUUUACUUAGCUUCAAAGUCAAUUUCUGUUAAAAGGAAAACUACUCGAGGAGACAAGUUGUAUAAUUUUUACCCACUUACACUGUAAGCGUCACUGACUUCCCCACUUCUCUAAUUUGCAAAGGAAAGGCCUGACAUCUGUCAUAGGACAUGUCCAACAGGUAGGAAAGCUGCAGUUGUCAACCAUCAAUACCAGGGAAAAGGUUGAAGUCCAUUGCCUUUCAUAUCUAAAAGCCAUCUAGAGGCUAGUCUACACUGAAAAGGUGUGUUGACAUGGCCACAUCUCUCAGGGGUAUGAAAAAUCCACUCCACUGAGAGAAGUAGUUAAUGUGACCCAAGUCCCAGUGUAGACAGUGUUAUGUUGUUAGAAGAAUAUUUCCGGUGUUUGAAAGGUAGACACAGCCUUAGACAGACUGAUCCCCUCUGGGAAGCGAGUCAUGACAUCAAUUCCAGUUUUGACCCAUCUCCCUUUAUGUGAGAAAGCUGCUAGUAUGGAGGGCUGAGCCAGCUGUCUGAUCACCUGGUUCAACUGAGGGAAAAGCUCUAAUUACCCAUCAGUCCAAAGACUGAGAGAAUUGUUGAGGUCCAACCAUUGCCAUUUUAGUAUUUUAUUGUUCCUUUCUCUCUGUUUUGUAUUGGCCUUUCUCUUCUGUCAGAGAGUGACUGUAUAGCUCAGUGCAUGCGUGAGAAAUGCUCUUUGGUGCCAAUUGGCAGAGAGGACAAAGUAAUUCACAAGAAACUCCUGCCUCAGACCUGACAAACUCACACCUAAUGCUCUGAUUUUUAUGAUAUUUAUCCAGGAAGCAUAGCAGUGAGAUCUCUACUGAAAGCUUGUAAAUUAUUAUUACUCCUGAUCACUGCAAGAGGUGUGUAUGAGUCCUAUUGAAGGAGUCAUGUAAGUAUAUGGAAAAUUAUGCCCAUAUGGUAUUGUCAUGAAAGUGAGUCAUCCCAAUCAAAGUUCUUGUUGGGAAUGGCCCAUUCAAGUGGGAGGGAAUUGUCCCCUGUCCAUUGCUAGCCAGUUAUGUGAUGUGUUGCUGCAUUGUCAACCUUUUCACUAGCCCAGAAAAGCCAAUGGAAAACUAUCAAAGACAAAUUAUAGACAUCGAAACCCUGUGGAAGUGUGAAUGACAAUGAGGAAAUGGUCCUUUCUGUGAAUAUGCACAAAAGACUGAUUCAUUUUAUAACAGGAUGGUGCGGAACACUCUGGGUCCAUUCACCAAGGAGAUCACUAAUGACCAGUGGUGCUUCAAGAAAGGCAGGGCUCUGGCUCCUAGGGACUAGCAGUCACUGCAGUAGACUGUCACCUCAGACUUCAAUCUACUUAGGUAGGAAAGGUAACUAUUAAAAAGUGUAGGUUGCAUUUUGUGAUUUUGUUUUGUUGGUAACGGUUGGUUUCCAUCAUUAAUAUUUGUUUGUUUAAAUUUCUGUCCCUUGUUAAAGAAUUUCCCUUUGUUCAAUAACUGUGCUCAAGUGCUAUGUGUGAUCCAGUAGCAGUGGGCUACAGUAAAACUGGUAACCUGGGCUGUACCAUUGCUUCUGGCAGAGAGGAUCUGGGAUUUUUCUGAGCCCUGGUCUACUCUAGGGGAGGGAAUCAAUCUAAGUUACGCAACUUCAGCUACAUGAAUAACGUAGCUGAAGUCGAUGUACUUAGAUCGACUUACCGUGGUGUCUUCAUCGCGGUGAGUCGACUGCUGCAGCUCCCCGGUAGACUCUGCCUGCGCCUCUCACCGAGCUGGAGUACAGUGGUUGACAGAAGAGUACUCGAAGAUCGAUUUAUUGCAUCUACACUAGAGGCAGUAUAUCGACUCCCCGCUGGAUCGAUCACUGCCUGCCGAUUCAACAGCUAGUAUAGACAUACCCCGAGUAUCUGGUGAUUGGAGCUGGACCUCAGAAGGGGACACACUGAAGGAACUCGGGUUAAGGUGCCUUUAUUGUCAACGGUCAAGGUUGCUGUAGCUCAGAGGACGGUGCUUGACUGCCUGACAGGCUGAUGAGUUUGGUCACCAACAUCCAGCUGCCAAAUGCAAACGUCCCUGUUCCACGUGGCAGGUGGCCACAAGGAGACUCAUGGCCCUCGGCACCCUGGGAAGGGUCACAAUGUUCAUCUAUGUUGAUCCACAAAGGGAAAGCUCCCUAUAGCAUAAAACUCUGCCCUGUGAAAUCAUAGAACAUGUGCUCUUCGCUCUGUGAAAGCACAUAAAGAAUCCAAGCGCUGGAGGGUAGGGUUUGGGUCCAGAGUGACCUAGACACAUUGGAGGAUUGAGCCAAAAGAAAUCUGAUGAGGUUCAACAAGCACAAGUGCAGAUUCCUACAUUUAGGAUGGAAGAGUCCGAUGCACCGCUACAGGCUGGGGACAGACUGGCUAAGUGGCAGUUCUGCAGAAAAGAACCUGGGGAUUACAGUGGACAAGAAGCUGGAUGUGUAAAUAAUGUGCCCUUUUUGCCAGGAAGGUUAACAGAAUAUUGGGCAACAUUAGUAGGAAUGUUGUCAGCAGAUUGAGGGAAGUGAUUAUUCCCUUCUAUUUGGCACUGAUGUGGCCACAUCUGGAGUACUGCAUCCAGUUUUCGGCGCCCCGCUACAGAAAGGAUGUGGACAAAUUGGAGAGUGUUCAGCGGAGGGCAACAAAAAUUAUUAGGAGACCUAGCAAUAUGAUUUAUGAAGAGAAGGUGAGGGAACUGGAGUUAUUUAGUCUACAGAAGAGAAGAGUGAGGAGGGAUUUGAUAGCAGCCUUCAACUACCUGAAGGGGGAUUCCAAAGAGGAGGGAGCUCGGCUGUUCUCAGUGAUGGUAGAUGACAGAACAAGGAGCAAUGCUCUCAAGUUGCAUGGGGGGAGAUCUAGGUUGGAUAUUAGGAAAAACUUUUACACGCACAGGGUGGUGAAGCACUGGAAUGGGUUCCCUAGGGAGGUGGUACAAUCGCCAUCCUUCGAGGUUUAUAAGGUCUGGCUUGACAGAGGGGGCUGCAUUCCUGUGCCAAACAGUCACUGGAAGGAGGCAGACAAAGGCCUUUAAAUUGAGGUGUCCAUCACUGUCAAAAUAUCAUCUCCCUCCUUCAGCUCACUGGCAGCCUGAAUUUCUUCCUUAUCCUACCACAGUCUUGUCUAGACUUAGCACUAUCCAGCCCCUCUGUAUGUAGUGGGCAAAAACCACAAACCUUGUCUUUAAAACAAGCUGUCCCCUUCCUUCUUAGGGAAGAUUUUCUAUGAUUGAAGUUGAGCUUCACUUCCCCUCUCCUAGGGGCAGGUUGGGUGUGGGGCCAGCUCCCAAUGAGAUCUGUUUUCACCUUUGCCCCCUAACUCUGCUCCCAGCUGUCAGGCGGCUUCCAGCCCAUCCACCCUGCAUACUAGCUCCAUGGUCAUGUGUCACCCCCUUUGCCAGCACACGUAGCCUGCAGGAAAGCUGCUCCUGCCAGCUGUGGUGGUGCUAUAGUGGUGAGCAUAGCUGCCUUCCAAACAGUUGAACAGCUGGCUUCAAUUCCCAGCCAAUGCAAUAAUGGCUUUUCUCUUUUGUUGGUUCCUUGUCUAGAAGUGGUUUAAUUUCAGUCACAUUGUGUUACAAUCACAUUAUCAAUAGAAUGAAGCAAUAAAUGUGUCAAAGCCCAGCAGGACACACAGGAGGGAGGGAUACCAGGGGCUGGAAUGUGUCAUCUGAGAAGACAGAACACUUGGAAACCUGCAUCUCCCAUCCCCUGGCCUUCUGUGUUCUGAUUCCAGCUGUGCGCGAUGUUUGUAUCAUGUUUCUGCAUGAUGGGGAAAUAAAGUUUUGAGUCAGUUUUUGCUCCUACA